AUGUGUAUAAGGUUUUCUACAAAAGUUGAUGAUCCAUAUGCUAAUAUUCCAAGCCAUAAGGCAUUUACCCGUGCGUAUCUUUCGACAGUUACUGCAGACUUUGGUGGGGACAACUUCCUGACAUGCCCAAUUGGUAUACUUUUCACACUCGGUAUCCUGUUGGGUUCUGGUGGUGCUCAAGGUAGAACAGGUUAUCAAAUUGGAAAAACAAUGAGACUAAAAUCGGCAUCUUCUUCAUGGAAUUCUUCGGAAGCUCUACAAGAAAUGAAAUCAAUAUAUCAAGAGCUUAAUAAUUCGCUCACUUCAGAAAAAGCAUUUUUAAAUGAGAAAGAAGAAAAUGUUGUUAGAAUAUCAACAGGUAUAUUUGUACAAAAAACGUACGAAGUUGAAAGACGAUUUACCGAAAGUAUUGCAAAUGAUUUUGAAGGAGAAUUGAAACAGGUGGAUUUUUCUAAUCGAACUAGUGCUACAGUUGAUAUCAAUGAUUGGGUUGAUCAACAGUCUAAUGGUUUAUUGGAGAAAUUCUUUACAAAUGAUAUUCCAGAUGAUACUGUGAUAAUACUGGUAAAUGUUUUCUACUUUAGAGAUUUUUGGCAAAGUCCAUUUGAGCCUCAUUACACUAGAAAGGAGGAUUUUUAUAUUUCACCAGAUCGUCAAAUAACAGUUGAUAUGAUGACUCAAGAAGGAGUAAUGAAAUAUGGAAAAUUCGAAGAUGAAGGAUUUGAGAUCGUCAGUAAACCAUUAAAUAACACACGUUUCACAUUUGUUAUCGUGUUACCUCUUGAAAAGUGGUCGUUAAAUGGUGCCACAGAACUUUUGAAUGGCAAUAAAGUUUUAAGUGAAUACGUGAAGAAUUUGAAAGAAACUACAGUGUCAUUACGAUUACCGAAAUUUACAUUGAAAAAUACACUUGACCUUGUGCCAACAUUAAAGUCUAUCGGUGUUGUCGAUUUGUUUGAUCCAGUAAAAUCUGAUCUGUCAGGUAUCACACCUAAUCACAAUGUAUAUGUGAAUGAAUUUAUUCAAACAAAUGUAUUAAAAUUAAAUGAAAGUGGAAUUGAAGCAACCACUGUAACCUCACCUAUAUUUGUGCCUAUUUCAGCCAUUAUACCAGAAGUAGACUUUCAUGUAACUCAUCCAUUUAUAUGCUUUAUAUAUGAUCAACAAUUAACAAUGCCGAUAAUGGCAGCCAAAGUAAUGAAUCCAAUUUUACAAUCGUAG